AUGGCUUCCGCUGUGCCAGCACUGCCCGUGCAGGCCAACGGCGAUGACCAGCAUCCCGACCUGGAGACGCGCCGCCUCGCAGACUUCUACCAGCAACUGCUGCAGUUGCGAGAUGAGGUGCUUGCGGGCAAGCACCCGCGGCUCAAGCUCCCUGACCAUGCUCUAGAGAAACUGCUUCCGCAGCCCCAUGGCCGGCCAUCAUCUACUGCUCGCCCACCAUCCAACGCCGCCCUGAAUGGCGCCGCCCAGCAUGCCUAUACGCACACGCCGCACAGCACCAGCUCCUACAACUCUACCCCUUCUACAUCUUUCGCUCGACCUCAGAGCUCCCAGCGCCCACCAGUCCUGAAGCCGUCCUCGUCCGGGAUUGAUCCGGUACUUCUGACAAAAUCUGACGAUCUUGUGCGCGCCGAGAUCCAGCUCAAGCGGCAGAGAAUCGAGCGCGCGCUCAAGGAUCAGGUGGAUCAGAAGCGCGUUCAAUCUCGCGACAGAGAUGGCGGUGUUGAUGCUGAGCCGCUUGACGUUUCAGACGUGUUGACCAAAGCCCUGGCGAUUGCUCAACCGGUAUCUGGCUUACGUUCAGAGACUAAUUCCAACAGCCCGACCAGUGAUUCCUUCGAUGAAAACUCGUACUACUCAAGCCAGGCGAACAGCUGGUCUUCUAGCGACCAUGACAGCUCGGGAACCACGAGUGCCGUGGAGGUGGCAGGUGUAUCAUCAAGCAGCAAGGCUGCAGCGGCGGCGCCGCUGAACGGUAAUGCCGAGACAGAUGCCCAGACUCUUUCUCAGAUGGAGCUGCACGACGACAUGGAGUUGAUUGAGGAUGGAGACGAGUCCGACUACGAGCCGCCAGGCGCUGAAGCCUUCACCACCACCGCCCCUCCACCGCCUACCCAUGGCCCCGUUCCAGGUCAAAAUCCAAACAGCACCCAUGGUUCGCUUCCCUCCCCAACAGUGCACGUCAUUACGAACCAUAUUCAGACACCAGUGGCUCCCCAGCCAGCCCGCGUUUCACCGCUGACGUUUGCCAAAGUACCUGGUUUGGAUGCGGCCCGAGGCCCCGUUGCUCAACCGCUCGCAACGAGCGCAAACUCCUCCCCCAAAAAUGGUUCCCGCGGGAAGGGCAAUGGGAAUCGAAACGAGAACUCACCCCGUUCAGGCCGACAGAGUCCCGCAGCGCCUCGUCAACAGAACAAUUCGCGGAAGCGUCGCAGGGAAGCCAAGGAGGCUGAGAAGGCUGAUAAGCAAAGGCGAGUGUCGAACAACAAGCGUGUUGCUGAUUCUCCGGAACCAUACAUCAAGGAAGAACCGGUCUCCCCACCCCCGCUCGCUGGCCUGGCAGAACCCGCCCAAGACGCAAGACGCAGGACCACGCGCGCUCUGCACGACGAUGUCGAGAUCGUGUCACCCAGGGACGCGCAUCAUCCCGUCUAUUACAUGGAAUACGAGCAGCCCGCACCAGCCCCUCGAUAUGAGCUUGAGCCGGAAGUCGUUCGGGUUCCGUCGCGGAUAGCAUAUCGGCGGGCUGAGAGGGACGAUCAGGACUUGAGGAGGAUGGCUAGCAUCCAACAUGCAAGACGGCCAUACUCACCUCCGCAGCCGGGUCCGUAUGAAUCUGUGCGCGCUGUAUCACAUGCUUAUUUUGACGGCCAUGCCACCCCGGUAUUCCGGGAAGGAUCUGUUCGGCCUGGGGCAACUCGGUACAUCCGUUCGGAAAGGUCGCUUUCUCCGCCGUAUGCCAUGGAGCCCUACCAGAGGAUUCGGUCUCCGGCCAUCAUGGCUCCUCCGCCUGUUCCAAGACGUGUCGUCAUGGAUCAAUAUGGCAACAGGUACUAUGCGGAACCAGCCAUGGUAGACAGGAGGGCCUCGGUGGCGCCAGCUCCACGACGUGCUGGCGAAGAAGUGCUUUAUGAACGUGCACGGACUCGUGAACCCACCAUGCGUCCGGUUGCACGUGUGGAGCCCUAUGAGGAGGAUGAAUCAUCGCAAAGAAUGCUACCACCGCAGCCGCGCAGAUAUGUUGACCAGCCGGAGCUUGAGAUUGUAGAACCGCACCGUCCGUAUAGACAGCGGGAAUACUCCAUGCGUCCGGGAGAGCCCCUGAGAGAAGAACUGGUUCCGGCACAGGAGCCUCUGGAGAGGCAUCUGCCUGCUCGUUACGAGGAGAUGCCGCCGCCUCCGCGAGGCGAAUACAUCGCCCGAGCUUACAGCGUCCGGCCGGAUGCUGUUCGGCGGGAAGUCCCUGCCGAAUACAUGUCUCGGCAUGGCAGUGUUGCGCCAAGCGGGGGCUACGCUCGCAGAGUGGAAGCUCUGCCUCCCGGAUACCGGGCUGUCAGUGUCGUGCACGAAGGAGAUGGAUUCGAUGAACGUCGGUACGCGUACGCUCCGACGCACCCGGCGCGUCGGUAUGUGGACGAGCCGGAAAUUAUCGAGGGCCCUAUGGAGAGACAGGAGUACGGCGGGGAGCCACGCAAUAUUGCAUACAGGUACUGA